AUCUACCAUUCCGACAUGCUAUUGGUCAGCGCAACUGCACGUGACACAAAUCACGUGACACUCCAGGAUGUAAGACUGCUAGCAAACGUAUGUUGUAGCAGUAGCAUUGGGCGGAGAGGCAAAAGAACUUGCUUGAAUAAGACGUCUGAACCGUCUGAACCAAGUACCCGUGAGGACGCAGAUAGCCUGGAAGACAAGCCGACCCCAGUGCAUCCCUGGCCGUACCUGGAAGGAUCUUUUCAAAUGGUUGGAUGCAAAAACAACUCAUUCCGAAGGCGCUGCGAGCUCUGUGCACCCAAGUCCCACGAGCCGAUGGCUUUCAAAACCUCACCGUCUAACUUGAAAAAGCAUAUUGAGGCUUCAACUGAACCACCUCAGGACCAGGCCUCGUGUGGAUCCUCACAGGAUGAGGCCCCAGCUCCAUCAUCACAAUUUCGGGGGUCAUCGCUGCCUGCCUCUCAACAGCAGGAUGAAUCCUCACUGGAUCCUGCUCACAUCACCUGCUCAUCACAUUCAUCAUCAUCAUCUUCAGCAAAUUCAUCUCCAUCUCUCCAUGCCUCCCUUGACCGAGAAUCCAUUUCAAUGGAUCAAACAACCUAUGAGUGGCUAGAGUCCACCAGCACACCACGACCUGCUCUCAUAAAGAGGCGGCGCCAGCAGCAAUUGGAUGACUUCUUUUCUGACCAAAUUGCCCGAAUUGACAGACGCAGGAAAGAGCUCAGUGAGAGACUGCAGAAGGACGAUGAAUAUGACCGAUUUGGGCAGAUGCUAGCCGACCUACUGAGGAGGGUCCCUGAACACAAGCAGGUGGUGGCCAGGCGCAACCUCAUCUCGUGUGUGUGCGACCUUCUGGAGGACUGAAAUGUGUUUAAAGUUUUUUUUUUAUUUGCAUGUUUUAAUUUUUAUUCCCAAUAGAAGUGUUUCAUUUACAUGUUUCUUUUCUAUUAAAAGCAAAGUCUCUUUUCUUCCA